AUGAAGGGGAAAAUAUUUAUCAGAAAUGAUUUUAAAAUUUAUUUCGGAAAAAAUAUAUUUCAGGUUUCUCCGAAGGCUUCCUUAUAUGAUCCCGUAGCUAUAGCAACUAAACCAGGAGUACAGGAGAGAGGAGAAGGAAACAGGAAGGAACAGGAGGAAAAAGCCGAACAGCUACGACUGCAGCAUGUCAGAGAACAGCAAAUAAGACAACAGAAGCUACGAGAGGAACAGGUCUUAGCAGAACAGAAGAAACUAGAACAACUCAGGGAGGAGCAGGUUCGUCAGGACCAAGAGAGAGAGGAAAUUCGGAGCUUGGAGAUUGAAAGGUUAAAGCAGAUCCAGGAGGAUCAACAGAGACUUGAGGAGGAGAGGAACAGGCAGCAACAACAAAUCAGGAUGGAGCAGCUAAAGUUGGAAGAGGAGAAGAAGAAGCAGGAGCAGCUUCAGAGGGAUCGUCAGGAGCAGUAUCAGAAACAGGAGGAGGAAAUGAUGGCUAAGGCUAAGGCAGUUGAAACAAAGAAACUUGAAAUGGAAAGGCUGAAGAUAGAGCAAUUAAGAAACUCUUCAAUGAGUCCUCAUGAAAAACUAAUCCAUGAACGACUUCGACAGCAGGAGAGGUUGAGAGAGGAACAACUUCUUGAAGAGGCACAAAUUAGACAAGAAAAGCUAAGUUUAAUCCGCCAAGAGGAAACCCUGUUGAUGAGACAGGAAGAAAUGUUGAGGCAAAUUCAGGAGGAAAAAAUGAAGCUCUUGAAACAGGAGGACUUAAUUCGAAACAGACAACAGGACAGACUCAAGCAGGUUAGAGCAGAAAAAGCACUGUUAGAAAAACAAGAGCAAAUGCUGAAACUACGGGAAGAGCAGCUGUUGCAAGAACGGAUAAGACAAGAAAAACUUAGAGAAGAGGCCUUCAAUCUAAAGAAACAAGAAGAAGAAAUUAGACGUAGACAGGAGGAAAUAACAAAAGAACUGUUGAAGGGUGAAAUGUCCCUUCAAGGUGUUGAUGAUGUGAUGGUGUGUCAGGCAAGGGAAGGUCAAGUUUUCCAAGGCAGAAAACCACAAUUUCCAGAGAGAGUUCUUGAUUGCAGUUUAGUGGAUGUUCAGCAAUUAAAUACAUCAGAUUGGUCAAGUUCAGAUGCUGAGUCUAUGAGACCGUAUAGGAAUAGCAUGAAAGAUGUACCAACCUAUAUGGAGGCAAAUGAUAACUAUGAUUCAAAUCCUUUUUAUGUACUUAAUGAAGGUGCUGAAGAGCAGAAAAAUGAGGAAUUCAGUGGUUCUAGUGAAGAAGAGGAUACAAUGGAGGAAGACUGCUAUGAAUGCAAGGUGGAAGUAAAGCAGCAGAACACCCAAGUUCCAACAAGUGUAAGGACUAUAGAAACAGCAACUUUGCCAGGCUGGGCACCUGUCACUCCUUAUCUAAAUAUGUCUAAGCAUCUUCCUAUAACAACACAAGAGGAAAUAUCUGCAAUCUUUACAGAGUCAAAAUCUCAGGGUUCACUGUAUAAAACGGCAGGGAUUGUUACAUCACCUGAGAGUGUUAUGACGUCAACGAAUAUGAUAACAACUCCAGAUAGCAGUAUAUCUUUGCAUUCACAAAUGUCUAACAAUGAAAUGGACCUUUCCUCUUGCCCAGCCUCCCCAAUUCCUCCAAUUCCACCACUUCCUAAAGACUCUAAAGAUCUUAUGUCUGACCACUUUCAAACUGUUCAGCCAGAUGUUCCUCCAAGAGAUGAUUCCUUUAACAUCACAGCAGUCUACAGCACCGAUCCUCAGAGUAUAUUUACAGAACAAGCUAUUACUAGCCAGGCACCAGGUCAAAGAAGAAGCUUAAUUGUACCAAGUUCUAUUUCUAUUCCCUCAUACAAUAUGCAAGACCCACAGCUAUCACCUAGACUUGGAGGUCCAGGAAGUGCCUUUCGACCAUAUGCCAGCAGUGAGAAUCUUUAUGAUGCCAGUCUUUUUCCUUCUUCAAAACCACCAGUUUCAAUUUCUAAUGGUCAUUCAACACAGAAAAUCAAUAAGAGACAUUCAACAUCCUCUAUAAAGCAACAUAAGAUAAAUGAAUCUGAUGACAACUUCUUUAAGCCAAGAGCUAAACAUCUUAGAGCCCCAAUAAUGUCCACAACUGAUACUGAACCUGAAAUGAAAGAGUUCAAUUUGGGGCCAAUUGGUGGGGAUAAAAAGGGAAAGAAGUAUCAGAAAAAUGUGUAUUCAACAAGUGAAACAGAGGAAGAAUAUCAAGCAUACUUAAAAAUUAAACCUAAAUGGCAUGGCAAGGGAGGGCAUAAAGAUUCAUGGGAUCCUCUGCAGAUAGCCAGCCCUCCACAAAUUGUGCAGCGUCCUGUAGGGGUUGUUCAGAAACCCAAGCCGCAAGCAAAACCAUCUGUAAAAAUAGAAAGAGGUGUGGAAUAUACAGGAGCCUUUGCUGCAAAUGAUUAUGAUAAGAAUUUCCGAGAGGCAUUCAUCAAUUCUCAAAUGCAUGCAGAAAUUGAUGCCAGUGCUGGUUAUAUUCCUGAAAGAAUCGAUAAAAUCCAAAAAUCUGAUACAGUUGUGGAACUAAGGAACAAUAAUAGCUUAGUGCCUCCCAAUGAGCGAAUUCAAAAAUCCACAUCAGUUAUUGAGGUCAUUCCAGCCAAUCUGAAGCUAGCUUCUGGUUCCCCUAGAAACUAUCAGGGUUCACAUUUAAGAGAGCCUUUUAAUCAUUCCAUUGAAAACAAUUAUAAUCAAGACAAAAAUGUUCCUGUAUACAGCAAUCAAGAACCAGUUAAUCAAACAUUUCCCAUUAACACAAUGCUACAAAUUCCUCAAGUAUAUAGUCCUCCAGAUUCAGAGGACCAGGCUACCCCUCAAGCACCAAGGCGGCAAUUUUUGCCAAAUCAGGCUUCAUUUGAGUCAACAAACUCAUUUUCUGAAACAGAUGAUGGCACUGAAAACUUAGCUCCACAAUUAAAAAGCAACAAAGAAGAUCCUGAGACUAAGAAAAAAAAAGAAAUUCACAAAAAUUUGAUGUCUGAAGCAUUGAAAAAAGUAGAGUUAAGGAAUAAUCAGAAAAAGAAUUUUUCACAAUUGUCUAGAACUAACCCAACUAUUGCAGCACUGGAUAUAGUUACCAGAAAGGAACUAAAGUUAGAGGAACUUGAGAUUAAACAAGAGCAGGAAAUGUUAAGGAACCGCAAUAGAUCUGGAUCAUCAAAUAUAGAUGAUUCCAACAAAAAAAAUUUGGGUGGUGUAAAUCAAAAUGUUUUACAAUCUUUUCGACAACAAAGUAUACACAAGGGCACUUCUUCUAAUCAAAAUGGGGCCUCUAGGGAAGCAUCAAUACAAGCAAAGAAAGCUGGAACUCCCGCUAAACCAGAUUUAAUGCCCAAGCCAGGUGAGUUGGUAACUCCACAGCAAGGCAACAGUUCUGAUACUCUUGAACCAGUUGUAGUUUUAAGAAAACAACCAAGAAUCCUUGAUCAAAAAGAGUUAUCAGCAAGGCAGUCAUCGGAAAAACUACGAACAGAGGGUAAAAGUACCCCAAUCCUUGACAUUCAUCACAGAAUCAAGUCUCCUGAAAACAAAAGUGUGACCUAUGAAAACAAAAUUAAUGAAAAGAGUGAAAUUAUUGAAAACAAAGGAAAGAACCUUUCAAAUGAUUUAGAAGAGGGUGAGCAGGAAAAAACAAUAAACAAUUUUGGAGCAAAAAAUGUCUUAAAAAAAACUCUGUCUGAAAAGGAAAGCAAUAUUGUUAGAGCAAAUGAGAAAAUAUCAGCAGCUCAACAAAAAAUCCUAAAUACAGAGCAGAAGCUAUCGAUUAAACAAAAUUUGCAAGGAGUUGUCCAAGUCAAGCCAAAACAAAUUGAUCCUACAAGGGGUGUGACAGUUGCAAGACCCCUAAAUGAAAACACUAGUUCUAGCAUUGAUGAAUCUAACAAUAACAUAGCAUCUGUAAAAAAGGCAGCUGAAAAGUAUGAAAAUAAAAGUUAUCAAUCUGACACAUCUCCCAAUAUUAACUCCCAUUUACGUUUAAGAUCUAAGUCUAUUGGUAGCAACAGGAAAGAUUUGUUUGAGGAAUCAACAGAACCAAAUGCAACCAAAGCAAAUCUACCCUGGGCUGUUAAAUCCCCACCUGUUUUAAGGAAAAGAGAUGCUCAACGAAACAAGGGUUAUGUUCUUCAAAUGAGCAAGUCCUCUGACAGUAUAACUGCAGCUAAACUUUUAGCAAAGGCUAGGGCAGAUAAUUACAAUGCCACAGGUCUACGCAUCAAUCAAAACUUGUCGAAGUCAAUUGAAAAACAAAUUGAUGUUUAUUCAAAGACCAAGGAGGAGAUAAGGUUGAUUUUAAGCUUGGCAAAAUCAGGCUCUGUUAAUGAUAGAGUAGAACUAUUCACUAACAUGGUAAAUGCAAGGCCUGAAAAGUCUGAUCCUGAGGCAAAAGCAGAAAUUAUUAGAAGAGAGAUUGAAGAUGCAAGAGCUCAAAUUCAUGACACUGUUUCUGACACUGAAAUAGAAUUUCAAGAUCCUGUGGAGUCUAAAGUAAAACCUUUAAAGAUACCAAUGAAGCCAAAGCUUCUUGAUAAACCUGAUAAUUCCAAAUCUGGUGUAGGUUUGAGAAUCAAUCAGGGUUCUGCAGGGGAUGCAAGGAAAGAACGACGUCAAUCAAUUGAUGAGCUACCUUGUGUUAAAUCUAAAAUCUCUAAUUAUUUAUGUGCAACAGAGGAAUCAAAUAAGGCCGCAACUGCUUUGGGUGAUACAAAGCCAAUGAAACCUAUUCUUGUUAAUAAGAAUGCAGAAUAUUUAGAUAGAGGCAAGGAAAGGAGCAGAAGCCCAAAAAAAAAGACACCAAAGCUUGUCAGUAACCAUUUCCUGACACCUGAACAAAACUUCCAAAUCUAUGCCCAAUCUGCAACGGAUCUAUCAGCAACAGAAGAUGAAUCUGAGACAUACCAUCGGAAGAAAAGCAUUCCUUGCCAGCUUUCUUCUCAGGAUCCAGGCCCAAAUCUUUUAAGUGUUCCGCUGAAAGAACAAGCUGAAGUAAAACCUGGCAUAAUGAAAAGUAAAUCAUUUGCAGCAACGGGACAGUUUGAGGGCACAAUAGAAAACUCUUUGGUAACUCACAAAAAACAGACGAUGAUGGCCUUCUUUACUCCUUCAGAACAAAAGCCCAAAUCUAUUCUAAAAAAUAAGCCUAAAAGACGCAAUAGUGUUUCCUCCCUGACAGAUGAAGUAUUAGCUGAGGAGGACCUUGUGGAUGUUGAUGCUGAAUUUGAGAGCCUUUUAAAUAGUACUUUCGAGAGGGAGUCCAAGAUGAAUUCUAAUCUAAGAAGCACAAACGCUGGAUUUCAAUCUGGGAAAGGAAAGGGAAUUGGGUCGGCAGGCAGCCAAGCCCGGGCAAUGCAACAUUCAGUCUUGCAAGGAAACUAUGCUAGUAAUGAUCCUAAAUUGAAUUCUAAACUUCAUAAAUCUAAAUCUUUCAGUGCGUCAGCUUACAAUGAGAGUGAUCCGUUAGCUCAGAGUGAAAUGUUACAAAUCAAUCAAUCAAUAAAGGAUGGUUUUGACCCAAUUGCGGCGCUGCCAUCCUCCCAGAAUAGACAUCAGCGUCGUGUACAAGGGGGGACGCCACCCUCACAGCAUAGCCCUUCACCAACUCAGAACGCCCGUGUAGGAGGAUUCUGCCCCGCCCCUCCCCGCCCCUUUCACCAGCCUGGAGUACAGAGAGGACACGCCCAUCCAGGGGUACACAGAGUACACGCCCACCUCAAUAUGAACUCUAGAUCCGCCCCCUGCUCACCUAAUGCAGUUCGAGGAUAUACUCCUGCUAAAGGAGGGAACACCCUCUCUCCUUCUACACCAACAUCAGGGGCAAUAGCAGCCAGGGACAUCUCAUUCCUUCAUUUCUUUUU